AUGGCCCGUUCAACUAUUCGAGUUGCCAUAGUUGGUGGCGGCAUGGCGGGAGGCUCCCUCCUCCACGCAUUCAUCCCUCAUUUGCACUUGGAUGUACACAUAUUUGAGUCAGCCUCGGCAUUCAGACAAGCCGGCAUGGCCAUUGGGGUUGCUCGAAACGCACUCGACACUUUGGAUCUUCUAGGUGCCGUUCCUGUGCGACAUGUCCGGUUUAUGCUGGCUCAAGGUGAGGGUAUAGGCAAUAUGAUAGAUCAAGCCAACGAUGAUGACGGAUAA